CCUUCGAUAUCCUUUCAUCCCGCACUUCUCCCGCAACUGUGUCCGAUCUGAUCUGUAGUGAAAUUUAGGCAUCCUCCGUGGUCUAGUGGAUGGAGCGUCCGGUGGGAGAUCGGAAGCUAUUUGAACAGCAGACAUGAAGUUCGCCGUAUUUCUCCUUGUCUUGGCAUGUGUUUGCGCUGUCGCCCUAAGCGCUCCUCGUAAAAGGAGGUGCAGACGCAAAGGUGAGAACGGCAACGGCAAUGGCAACGGUGAGAACGGCAAUGGCAAUUGCAACGGUGAGAACGGCAAUGGCAAUGGCAACGGUGAGAACGGCAAUGGCAACGGUGAGAACGGCAAUGGAGAAUGUGACGAAGGGAACAAUGAUGACAAAUAUGACGACUCGAACGACAGCGGUAACGGCAAUGGCAACGGUGAAGCAGUUUCCCAGCGAGCGUAAUCAUGAAUUAAUGUCCUGCAAUCUUGAAUAAAUACUUUUCCCUAUCUUUCAA